AUCACCCACUUCACCACAGAAAACAAUAGGGCGACUCUGAACUCCCACAGUGACUGCACUUGUUUCCAGCUUCAUUCACAAACACCAACAAUGGCGACCCUGCAGAACUCACCUUCACCCCACAGGACCCUGGUGCUCAACUCCUUUACUAAGGUACAAAACAAGCAAAGCAAUUCACAUUGCUACAGAAGAAGCGUGUCGUUUUUGGUAAGAGCAGAGCAAGCUUCAUCAUCUUCAGCAUGCUCUCCUUCUCAAGAUAGAUCUGGGAGACGCCAAGUACUAGCUGCAGGGACAAUUGCUUCUAUGGCUUAUCUCACUAACCAACAUUCUGCAUCAUUUGCUGCAGAAAAGAAGAAGGAUUUCCAGCUUGUUACGGACAAGAAAGACGGAUAUGAAUUUGUCUACCCUUUUGGUUGGCAAGAAGUUUCCAUUGAAGGGCAAGACAAGGUAUUCAAGGAUGUGAUUGAGCCGCUAGAGACUGCAAGUGUGACUCUCUUCCCAACUGUCAAGGAGGACAUCAAGGAAUUUGGGACUCCACAAGAGGUUGCUGAGACUCUGAUCAAGAAGGUUCUUGCUCCUCCCACCCAGAAAACAAAACUGAUUGAGGCAACAGAGCAUGAGAUUGAUGGGAAAACAUAUUACACUUUCGAGUUUAUGGCCAAGGCUCCGAACUAUACUCGCCACGCUCUAAGCACAAUAGCUGUUAACAAUGGUAAAUUCUACACACUGACGACAGGAGCCAACGAAAGGAGGUGGGGGAAGAUGAAAGAUAAACUACACACCAUUGUUGAUUCCUUCAAACUUUUCAAAGUCUAUGAAGGCAAUUUGAGUUAG